CCUCGCCCGUCAUGGCGACAUGAGGAGCCCGCCGGCCGCCGCCGCCGCCCCGGGCAUGGGCCCCGCACGGUGCUGAAGCGCCGCGGACGAGCCCCGGCGCCGCCGUCCCGCCAUGGGGUGCUGAUGGCCGGGCCCCGCCGGGCACCCCGCCGCCGCGCAGGGGAGGUAGCUGUAUCCAGCUGGGUGGCAGGUGGAUCCAAGGGUUACCAUGAAGUUUUCAGGACCCCUGGAGAGCCAGAGGUUGUCUCUCCUUCUGGAGACGGCAAUCUCUAGGGAAGCUCAAAUGUGGAAAGCACAUGUGCCGAAAAUUCAGCCCAAUCAGGAUGUAGCCAUUUCUCCAAGGCAGAGGGAUGAGGUCAUCCAGUGGCUGGCCAAGCUCAAGUACCAGUUCCACCUUUACCCAGAAACACUCGCCCUGGCCAUCAGCCUCCUGGACAGGUUUUUAGCUGCAGUAAAGGCUGGCACCUGCCGCUCCAGAGCCUCAUCUGGGGUGGGCUCUGAGAUGCCAGGAGCCCAGUCUCACCCUGAACCAACUCAGAAGGCCCGUCCAAAGUACCUCAACUGUAUUGCAAUCAGCUGCUUCUUCCUUGCUGCAAAGACCACUGAGGAAGAUGAGAGGAUUCCAGUACUGAAGGUGUUGGCUCGGGAUAGCUUCUGUGGUUGUUCUCCAGCUGAAAUCCGCAGAAUGGAGAAGAUCAUCCUGGAUAAACUGAACUGGGAUCUUCACAUGGCAACGCCACUGGAUUUCCUUCAUAUUUUCCACGCCGUGGCAGUGUCCAGCAGGCCGCAGCUCCUGGCCCUGCUGCCCACGCUGAGCCCGUCACAGCACGUGGCAGCGCUCACCAAGCAGCUGCUGCACUGCAUGGCCUGUUUCCAGCUGCUGCAGUUCAAGGGCUCCAUGCUGGCACUGGCCAUUGUUAGCCUGGAGCUGGAGAAGCUGCUCCCCGACUGGCUGGCUCUCAUCAUCGAGCUGCUCCAGAAGGCACAGAUGGACAGCUCGCAGCUGAUCCACUGCCGGGAGCUCGUGGCACAUCACCUUUCCACUGUGCAGCCUUCUCUGCCGCCCAACUCUGUAUAUGUCUACAGUCCCCUCCAGCAGACCCUGGUGACCUGUAACAGAGGAGCGUUCCAGCACCAGCCCUCCUCUGUCCCAGGGCCGGGUCUCUCCAAGGACAACGGCCGGCCAGAAGUGCCAGUCACAGGUACAGCCGCGCUCUACCAGCGCCGUCCCGCCCCCGCCGGUGGCUGCAAACAGGCCUCCACCAAGCGCAAGGUGGAAGAGAUGGAAGUGGACGACUUCUACGACGGGAUCAAGCGUCUCUACAAUGAGGACCUCGCCCCGGAGGUCGUGGCCCUGGAGAACAUGGGCUCUGUUUGCGGCGCCGACGUCUCGCGGCAGGAGGGCAGCGUGUCCCCUUGCCCGCCCCUGCAGCCGGUGUCUGUCAUGUAGCUGCGAGUGCCACCACCCGCUCCAGGAGCCCCGCCGGACCUGGUGGCCUCGGUGGGGGGAGAAGGGGCCAUACCUUGUCAGGCUGAACUGAAGGGAGCCAAAAAAAAAAAAAAAAAAAAAAAAAAAAAAGCCAGGAAAAAAAAUCCCAACCCCUUUUUGAAUAUUAUUUCUUGUGCGGCUAAUUAUAGUUCCACUAUUUAAGCACUUAAAAACACAAAAAAGUAUAAAAAUCUAAAAAAA